GCUUGCGCGUGCAUGAGAAGAGCUCGUUCUCUUGUAAGUUUGCCCUGCACUUGUAACCGGGCUGGCGGAUGCUUAAGAAAAGAAACUGUCCUGUCAAAAAGAGGAGAGGAGAGGAGAGGAAACUGAAUAAAGGGGAUAAACAGGUUGAAGCUGAAAUUGUGAUGUUUAUUAAAAAAUGCAGAUGAUUCAAGGAAGGUGCAGCCUGCAGCAGAAGUUGACAUUCAGUGUGAAGGGAACAGUAAUGAAACCACCUGCAGGAAAACAGCAUAAUCAACCCUGCUGAGGGGAGGUCUGAGUGUUAUUUAAGUGUGACUCAGCCCAUGCAGCGAAACUACUUGAUCUCCCAGCAAUUUGAGGUGGCAAAUCAAUGCCUCUAACCACCAUUCGUCAAGACAGAGAUUAUUCAUCCUAUCUUUGGCAGUAUCUGCUCCACGACAUGCCAGGCAUGACCCUCUUACAGCACAGAUAAAUCUACAUCCUCCAGCCUUCACCUCCUCUGGUUAUCACUCCAGCCACAGUAAAUAAGAUGGAAGAAACAGAUUAUGGGAAAAACAAGCCCUUGGCAGAAGAUUCAAAUUCCCCAUUGACAAACCCUGCUGACACCAUCAGUAUUGACGAUGGACUUUAUAAUGCACUACGUGAAGAUCUGGAAACAGAUGCUCGGGACUUUGAGGCUCCCACCUGGAGUGUAGCUGUUGACCAGCAAUAUUUAAAAAACUUUUCCAAAGAGGACAUUAAAAGACAGGAUGUAAUACAUGAGCUGAUUCAGACAGAAAUAAACCACGUGCGGACGAUAAAGCUGGUUUUGGGCAUAUACGUGCGGGAACUGCGUGAGACCCUGCAAAUGGAUGAGACCCAGCUGGAAAGACUGUUUCCACAGGUGGAUAGCCUGCUGCAGGUGCACCAGCUUUUCCUCAACCGCCUUAAACAGCGAAGAAUCGAUUCCUUGGAGCCAGGCAGUACCCAGAAUUACUGCAUCCACAGAAUUGGAGACAUUCUUAUGACACAGUUUUCAGGUGAAAUAAGAGACCGAAUGCAAUACUGCUAUGGAGUGUUCUGCAGUCACCACACCGAUGCAGUCAACUUCUACAAAGACUUAAUGCAAAACAACAAGAAGUUCCAAAGUUUUAUACGAAAAGUAUGUCAGCUGUCUAUCGUACGGAGAUUAGGAAUCCCAGAGAUUAUUCUCCUUAUAACACAGCGUAUCACAAAGUAUCCGGUUUUGUUUGAACAUGUCAUUAAAUACACUAAAGUUGACUCAGAGGAGCAUAGGAACCUUGUACGAGGUCUGGAACUGCUGAAAAGCACCAUCUCACAAGUAAAUACCUACGUUGAUGAGUUUGAGAAAGCAGCACGGCUGAGGGACUUGAGCAGUAAGCUGGAACCCAAGUCCCAGGUCAAGACGACCCACGGAAGAGUGUUCCGCAGAGAGGACAUGCUGCAGGGUGACAGGAAGCUGCUUCAUGAAGGCGUUCUCAACUGGAGGCUAACUUCUAACAAAAGCAAAGAUGUCCUUGUCUUGCUGUUGUCAGAUGUUUUGCUGCUGUUACUGGAGAAAGAUCAACGACUUACCUUUGCCUCUCUGGAUGGUAAACCUGCGGUGAUCUCAUUGCUGAAGCUCAUUGUGCGUGAUGUGGCUCAUGACGAGAAGGCCUUGUUUCUGAUCUCGGCCUCCUCAGACACUCCAGAGAUGUAUGAGUUUCACACCUCCUCCGGAGAGGAGCGCAAAACCUGGAAAGACCAAAUCUGGAAGGCCGUGGAACGCUGUCCUGAAGAGGAGAAAGAGGAGCCAGGAGAACUUCCUGAGAGGAUCCAAGACUUUCAAAGGAAUCUUUGUGUGCGGGAUGCCUUGAUCGAGCUGCUCCUUAAAGAGAAGCAGAGUUUAUUCUCCAGCAUUGCAGCCUUUGUGACAGGUGUUACUGACAUCUCACCAAGUGUGCGCCAUCUGCUGCAUGGGAGUGCAGCAGAGCCCCUUCAGGGGGAACAACUUCUCAAUGGAGCCAUAAAAGAUGUGGAGAUUUUACAGAACUUGCUGUUAACAUGUGAGCAGGGCCAAACUCCUUCCUCUGGAGAGGGGAUGGAUCUGGUCCCAUUAUACAGUGAUGCCUGUAUGCUGCCAGGAAAUGGUAUUGAUAGUUUAAUAGAAAGAAGGAGAGACAGCAGUCAGUGGGACAACUCAGACCCUCAGCACAGAGAGCUUUAUUCUAAUGAAUACCUGGAGCUGUCGGCAGAUGAGGAGGAGAUAACUAUACAGAGCUGGAGUGCAUAUCAUUCAGGCUUCUUUCUUAAAACAGAGCUUUAUGACACUGUAACUAAAUUGUCUCAGAAGAUUUACAGCCUUCAGUCCCUUGUCCAGCAGCUGGGGAGCCACAUAGUGGUACAACGUGCCACUAUUGAGGAGCUGAUGUCCCGACCCCGGAGCAAUACUCUCUUGGAAAAGGAAAAGCAUCGGAACCUGGAAAAGCAGCGUGAGGAGCUGGCCAACUUCCAGCGGCUCCAGAAUCAGCACCGACAGGAGCAGGUCCAGUGGGAGCAGGAAAGAGAGCAGCAGAGGGCGCAGGCAGAACUCAGGGAGAAGGAGUUGAGGGAGAGAGAGCUGGAAUGCAGCGAACUGGAAAACAAGCUGACAGAGGACAAACAGGAACUGGCCAGGUGGAAAUCAGAAUACCAGGAGGAUCUGGAGCGGCUCCGAGACUCCACACGCUCUGUAGAGAAGGACCGAGAGAAGCUGGAGAAAGAAAGAAAGAAGCUGGAGAAGGACAGAGAAAAGCUGGAGCAGCUGGAGAAGAAGUUUAAGAAAAGGGAGAAUGUACUGAACACUGCAACCUUUCCCAUGGAGAAUCAACGGAUACAGCUACCUCCACCUUACCCUUUAUUGAAUUUGGGUACUCCCAACGAGAGGCCUCCUCUGGUACCACCACGCAGGGAGAGCAUCACCAUCAUUCCAGUUAAACCAGAAGUGCCCAUACACCUCAUUAGCACCACCAACCAAUUCCCCAAAGCCAGCUCUGUCCAGCAGAAGAUCCCCACCAAGCUGGCUGACAAAACUAUAGGCAAGGAGAAGCACAGCAAGCAAAGGAUCUCCCACCAUCGCACCAAGAGCGCAGCUGGCAUAGAGGUGUCCCAGGUACUUCCCAUAAAAGGUCUAGGAAAGGAAGGAGGCAGUUUAAGAGCCAUGAGGUCUAAAAGUCCCCUCCGGCUCCAUCCAGAUAUGUUUGUCCAUCCAGAGCAAUUAUCCAGCUCCAUACCCUCUCAUUCAGGAAACAGCAUCAGGAAACACAACCACAAUCAUAACACACACACCACCCAGCCAGGACACCGUAAAACCAAAGACAACGCAGUGGAAGACAUAAUUUACUUUUAAUAACCCUGUGCAAACUGCCAGACUACAACAUUGUUGCAGAGAGAUUAUUUCUUUAACAUGACCUGCAUUUUUCAAAGAAAUUAAGUAAUUUUAGGCCUCUUUAAAUCUGUGUCCUAAAGGUUUUGUGAUCUUGACAGUCACAGUAUAUCAGAACAAAAUCCUGUUCAGGUCUGUCUCAAUGAUUUGUUGUUCCUGUAAAUAGCUGUUUUUAGUUAUUUAUUGUGAUUUUAAUUCAUAGAUGUUUGGUCCCACAAGUGUUGGAAUGGAAACUUUUAGCAUCUUCCUGGAGUCGUGUAAUCAAGAGCUUCUCUCAAAAAAAAGUGUAGAUCUAUUUAUUGUGUGGUAUAGAGUUUUAGUUUAAAGUGUAAAUUUACUUUUUGGAGUUUUUCCUCCACUUUCUGUACAAAUCAAGGGAUCUUUUACAUAGUUUUGGAGAAUUGGAAAAUUGUUAUAUUUAAGCAAAUAUUUAGUAGUGUUUUAGAAAAAAAAAAGCCUUGUUUUCCUUUUAUGAGUUGGGGAUAAAUGCUCAUCGCUACUAAAUUUCUUUUAGUUUCUAAAUUCAUGUUAUACUGCAUGGCACAAUUCUGUUGGAUCAUUACUUUUAUUUUACACAUUGUUUUAUUCUGAGAAAAUACAGACCUUCUUAACUAGAAAUGUAUAUUUUAAAUGGUGCAGAACAGCUUUUUUUCUCUCAUAGAGGACUGUUGCACUUUGAAGUUCUUGCCAUUUGCUGUUUUACAUGAACAAACAUAAAACCUGUGUACUCAGUUUUACUUCA